CUCAGAUUCCAAGGCCGGCGGGGUCCUGGGAGGGUAGCGGAGGCCGGCUUGCCCCGUCCCCGCCCUCCGCGCUCGGGGCGGCCUCGCUUCCCUUUCCGGACCGGCGGCCGGCGGGCGUUGGUGCUUCCUCGCCCUUCGCGGAGUCGGCUCCUGCAGUUCUGCGUGGUGAGCAUGGCCGCUCGGAGAAGCCGGGCCGCCAUCAGGCUGUGCGCCACAGUCGUUUUACUUGAUGUGGCUUUCUGUAAAGGAUUUGUGGAAGAUUUAGAUGAAUCGUUUAAAGACAAUCGAAAAGAUGACAUUUGGCUUGUAGAUUUUUAUGCACCGUGGUGUGGCCAUUGCAAAAAACUGGAACCGAUUUGGAAUGAAGUUGGCCUUGAGAUGAAAAGCAUUGGUUCUCCAGUUAAAGUUGGGAAGAUGGAUGCUACUUCCUAUUCUAGCAUUGCUUCAGAAUUUGGAGUUCGAGGUUAUCCAACAAUUAAGCUAUUAAAGGGGGAUUUGGCAUAUAAUUACAGAGGACCACGAACUAAAGAUGAUAUUAUUGAAUUUGCUCACAGAGUAUCUGGGGCUUUAAUUCGGCCACUUCCAAGUCAGCAAAUGUUUGAACAUGUACAGAAGAGACAUCGUGUAUUUUUCGUUUAUAUAGGUGGAGAAUCACCUUUGAAAGAGAAAUACAUCGAUGCUGCUUCAGAAUUGAUUGUAUAUACAUACUUCUUUUCUGCCCCUGAAGAAGUAGUUCCUGAGUAUGUGACACUGAAAGAGAUGCCUGCUGUGCUUGUUUUCAAAGAUGAAACCUACUUUGUUUAUGAUGAGUAUGAAGAUGGUGAUCUGUCAUCGUGGAUCAACCGGGAGAGGUUUCAGAAUUACCUUACUGUGGAUGGCUUCCUUUUGUAUGAACUUGGAGAUACAGGAAAGCUCGUGGCUAUUGCAGUUAUCGAUGAGAAAAAUACAUCACUUGAGCAUACCAGAUUAAAGUCAAUUAUUCAGGAAGUUGCUAGAGAUUACAGAGACCACUUCCAUAGGGAUUUUCAGUUCGGCCACAUGGAUGGAAACGACUAUAUAAAUACCCUGCUGAUGGAUGAAUUGGCAGUGCCAACCGUGGUUGUACUGAAUACUUCAAACCAGCAAUACUUUUUGCUAGACAGACAGAUUAAGGAUACCAAAGACAUGGUCCAAUUCAUUAAUAACAUUCUGGAUGGCACAGUAGAGGCCCAAGGAGGUGAUAGCAUUUUCCAGAGAUUGAAGAGAAUAGUAUUUGAUGCCAAAUCUACCAUAGUGGGCAUGUCUUUUAGAGAGGAUGACUGACACGGGAUAACUGCCCAAUAGUGGACUGGUGAAGUUGUGAACUUGCUCUGAUGAACCAGAUGGAUGGACCUCUUCGGAAAGGGACAAAGUGCUUUCAGGUGUUUAUAAAAUCCUGAGGAGGGAGGGUGACAGGCACCCCCAUGCCUGCCAGGUUGCUGCAUUUUACCAUUGUUGGGGGGACUUGCAUUCAGGUGUCUAAAAUCCCGAGGAGAGUGACAGGCACUCCCAUGUCAGCCAGGUAGCUGCGUUUUACUGUUGCCCCCUGCUGUCAACACUGCCUGGGUGCAGAUCCCAUCCAUCACCUGUGUGAAGGUGAGUCAGCCACCUAGGCUUCCUGUUCCGCGUUGUCUGUAAUUUGGAAUAAUGGCAUUUGUCUCACUAUGUUAUGAAGAUUAAAUGAGUUACAUGGGCGACAUAUUGAGAAGUGGUGCAUUGUCAUAGCUCAGAGAUUAAUAGACAUUUAUCAUACUUCAGUAAGUUUGAAUUGUGGUUACUAUUUGCAAUUUAAGUUCUAGUAUUUUGGAAGGAAAUGGAAAAAAAUGUUGAUUACAAAUACUUAGUUUCAGACAUCUGAAAAUCCUCUGACUUUUGUGCUUUGAAAAUGAAAAAAGAUAAGUGGAUAUCUGCUGGGAUAAUUGAUGCAUCUGGAGAGUUUGAUAGCUUAUAAUUUAGAUUUAGAACAUUAAUGGAAAAUUUCCUUAAGUGGGAAAAUCAUUUCAUUUUCUGCAUGUACAUCUUAGUAGUCAAGCUCUGAACUUUUCUCUAAGCCCAUCUUCUAUGAACUCAAAUGGUGUUUUAAUUAGAAAGUGGCAAACUUUUGUGAUUUAUUUUAACAAAUAUUUAAUAUCUUUAUACUACCUAGGAUGCAGCAGUAAUCAAUUUUUAUUUUAAACAGUUGCAAGUUUUGUAUUUUUGUUAAGUCUCUCUCUUCAUGCAGUCCAUUUGACAUGAAAGCAUAGCCGUUAUACCUUGAGACUCAGAGGUAAUGACCAGGGUAAAGCAGAAAAACGCACCAGCUUUCUCCACAUGCAAAGGGUCGGGUUUCUCAUCUAGUCUGCAGUGGGGCAGUGCAUGCGUGGAGGUAUCAGGGAAAUCAGAUGCGGGAAAUGCUCAAUGCAAGGAAGGUGCAGAGAAGGAAUGGGUGCUGGAGGUUCAGAGCCUUCACACAGAAAAUGCUUGAACAUCCUCUAGACAUCCCUCUGGUAUGGUUCCUCAAGAUUCUGUCGUAAAUGAAGGCGCUGAAGUCAGCUGCUAUGCCCGUGAAAGCACAGUAGUCUUUUGUCUUACAACAGAAAGAUCCAAAAAAUUUCAGCCAACUCUAAUACACUUAACUUUACCUGGAGGAGAGAUGGUCCAGCGAAACAGAAUUUGUUAGAGAAACACUAUUUCUCCACUCAGAUUUUUCCCAUGAAUCUUUGCAUUGUUGUCUUCACAUUGAUUUAUGUAGCAUUUCCUUCCACGAGGGUUUUUUGAUUGCAAGUUUGAUAUUAUGGGGACAUUCUAUUCUAAAUCGUAAGAACCUUGUCAGAAAAGCAGUAAGUGAUUAGAUCUUAAUGACUUCUACAUUUAAUAGUUAAAGUUGGGUGGUUGUACACAUAGAAAUACCUGUGAAACCAGUAAGUCUGUUCGAUUCCUUUGUCUCUUUUUAAAUGAGUGAUCAUCAGAGGACAUUUAUAAACAUUCUGAAGUGGUUUUAAGAAAUUUUUAAGGUAAUGCUUCUCCAAACAGCGGAUUACUAUUCUAAAUUAUGUAAUUGAGUGACUUAAAGAUCUGAUAUAUUUUCAUAAGAUCUUAAAUACAAAGUGACUUCCUUUUAUUCAAGAGACCAUUUUGGAGAGUCAGUUCACAAAAUGUAUCUUACAUUUGGACAUUGGUUAAUGCUCAUUUUUCAUUGAAUACUAAUUUAGUAAUUUUAAAUUUCUAAGAUUGUCAUAUAAACGUUGCAUUUCAUUGGAGUUACACACUAUUUCAGAUAUUUGGGAGGCAGAGGGACAGACACACAAAAAGAACUGUCAUCUACAGGUUCAGUCUCCAAAAGCACAAAGGGUUGGGCAGGGAGCCGGGAACACUCCAAGUCUCCCAUGUGGGCGGCAGAGACGCAUCUACUUGAGUUACCACCUGCUGCCUGCCAUAGUGUGCUGUAUCAGGAAGCUGGAAUCUGGAGUAGAACCAGAUGUCAGACAGGCACUAAGGUUUGGGAUGCAGAUAUCCCAGCCAAUCUUCAGGCCAAACACCUGCCCUGUGGAUGCACACAAUAUUAAAGAGAACCAAUUUGUAGAAGAUCCCAGUCCCACCAACUUUGGCUAUUCAGUUUUCAGAAAUUUUAAUUAAAAAGAUGUCUUUUGACAGUUGUAUGUUUGGGCAAUAACUAAAGUAUAUUUCUGCUAUGUUAAGACAUUAAAUUUGAGGAGGAGCAUAACUCCACCUUCAACAAUAUAAUUUGUGCCUUGUUGACUGCAUUUCCCAGCAGCUUUUUUUAUAUUUUCAGAAACUUCCUAUUUAAAAGCACAAGUGUUGAACACUUACUUUUCACUUCAGAAAUAAUAGCCUACUUAGUGAAUCCUGAAAAAACUACAGUAGAAAUAAAAAUGGUCAAUAAAAUUUAAAUAUAAUUUAAUAUAAUUUGUUAAAUGCAUGAUCCAUACUUUCUAAACUUUUACUGAUUACUCAGAAGAGUCAUAAGUCUUCUAAAUAUAUUAAUGGGGAAGGCUUCUUGUAUUAAUUUAAAAUCUUUAUUUAGUCAUUGAAAAUAACAUAUUUUGAUGUCAGCUACUCUGGAAACAUUUACAUUACCAAAUAAUCAUUGCUUUCUCAGAUUCCAUGAAAAAAUGAAUAAUUAUAUUAUUUGAAAGUGUCAGUCUUAAAGUGUCUUUGUAUAUUUUAAGUAUUCUAUUUUAAGUUCCUAGUACCUAUCCAAAUUACACAAGCAUCACUUUAUCUCCCUCUCUCCCUUCCUUUCUCUUUCUUUUAAUAUAAAUAUCACAGGUGUAACGUAGUUCAUAGGUAAAAAUCUAAGAAUAUAAUGAUAAUCUGUAAACAUACAUGAGCCUUAGAGCAUCAUUUUUGUUGGUCUUAGAUGCACUUGUGCUAAAAGCCAGGACAGAGGAAGAAACCUUCCGUUGGUUUUGAUGGGCAUUUCAAGUUGUGAACUAAUGGCUUAGAGGAUUAUUAGGAAGGAUAGCCAUGUCAGUGCCUCUGAGAGAAGUUGUCUUUUUUGCGAUUUCUUUCCGCACAUCCUGAGGUCAAAUACAGCACCUGAGUGUGGUUCUCUUCAGCAGCUUCGCAGUGACAGCUCAGCCUGGGCUGAGGGACGUAAACCUGGGAACACCAUGGCAGUGGCUUUGCUAGAACAGCCUUUGUUCCCGUAAGCAUGACAGGGGUUGUGUCCAGCUGGGGUUUUACUCACCUCUCCUCUCCUGCCCUCCUUCCUCUGGACACACUGCUCGAAUGACUUAACCCAGCCUAUGCUGUUGGUGCCAUUGGUGUAGGGAAUGGUGUAUAUGUGGGAGUUUCAUAAUUUCUGACUCCAUCCUCAUGAGUCAUUUGUAUAGAAAACAAAAUUAAAUUAAAAAUACAUUUGCGAUGUGCUUUCUUAUUCUAUAAUAUCUACUGUAAAGGAAGUCUUUGUAUGACCAGCAGCUGUCCCCAAAUGUACAAUAUGCACCAAGAUGUCCACUUGUAAUUGAAGGGAAAAAAUCCAGAACUUUCCAAAGCACAUCCUGGUGGCAGAGUGCUUCUGCUCGACUGUCUUCAUGAUCAGGUGUGAUUUUAUUUCUAGAUAACUGGAUUUUUGUGAUCAAAAGCAAUUUUCCUACAAAAUAGAGUUGGUGAAAUUCAGAGUGUGUAAGAACAAGAGAGGAGUGACACUUGUUAGAAGGCCGCGAGUGGAUGACACUGUUAGAGGGGAAGGGGCCAUGAUUGAGACCCCAGUUCUUUUAGUCUCUUGUAUAAUUCUUACACACACACAUACUUUACAGAGACUUCUUACUGUACCCGUUCAGACAAACAGCAAGGCAAUCUGCGGCUAAAUAUUUACAACACAUAUGCAUCCUUCACCCAGAAUCAUCAAUUGUAUUCUUGGAACUUUUAUGUAGGUUUGAAAAUUUUCCACAUAAAUGCUUGGGGAAUAAAGUAAAUAUAGUAAGCAGUAUAAAGUAUUCUUUGUUCAUUGAGAUUUGAGUAUACAUUCAGAGUUUGCUUAAUGUCAAAUGUGGUGUAAAUACACCUUGACACUUCAUAUAAAAUGAAGCACGUUAGUAUUUUACCUGUAUUUCCAAAAGAACUGUUUCCAAUAACUUAGAGCAAAAUGCUUUUAUGCAAGAAUAAAACUUUGAUAUCAAAGGUGCACUUAAAAAGUUUGAAUAAAAUUGACUCAUAGAGACUUUAAAAAGGCUUUUGCUAUUAAUAAUAAAUGAAUGUUAUGUUCAAAAGCUAUGAGUAUGGAUUGAAAGUUUCAUCUAGCUCAUUCAACUUGGAAAAUAAUAUAUAAGUAAAUACUUUAUACAUUUUCAUGAAACUGUUUAAAUAAUGACUUGGUUAGUACAUAUUGGAGUAUUAAAAACCCAGCUUAAUUCAUAAAUCCUCUGUGAAGUGUUUGUUGACUCUUCUAGGUUGUUAUCUUUCCACAUCCUGGCUACAGAGAACAUCAUAUAAGCUUAUGUUUUAUGCUUAAUUUAUGGAAUGGCUCUGUUAAAUCAAUUUAUGAAUCCAUUUAUUGAAAAUCUAAUGAUAUUUUUAGGAGUUGAAAUCACGUUUUCUGGGCCAAUGUUCAAUAAGAGUUUGAGUGAGUGACUGAAUCAACCAUUGGGUAGGUAGAUAAAACAGAAUUUUCAAAAAAUCAAAACAAGAAGUUUAAAAGUAUACAAACCACCCUUCCUCAAUAAAGCAUUUAAGUAGAUACUCUCUUGCUUAGGAAUGACUGAACACACAUAUACACAAAUUUAGAAAAUCUCGUUCCUCCACAUGUUGAUUAUGACAAAGCCACAUUUGCACGAUAUGUUUCCAUGAAAAUUCAUUUUUCUGUAAUGUCAUGUGUGCGAAAGUAGCUAAAUCAAUAAGUAGAGUGUAUCUUUGAAACAACUACUAGCAGAUAUGAAACAAACUCACAUUGAGUGAUUUACUACAGGGCUUUUAAUUUACACAGUGAGAGAGAGUUGACUGUGCUCUGUAAGACUGUGAUCUUUGCAUCUGAAAAUUGAAGUCUGCCAGUGUCUCAGGGAAGAUAAAUCUAAGGUGUUGGAGAGCCAGAAGUCGGAGCCCGCCAGAAAGAACUUCAUUACCUCUGAUUGAGUCUCUGCCACACCUUCUCAGUGGUGCUACACGCAAACACCUGACUCAGGAGCUGGAGAUGCAGAAGAACUGGGGGGAGGGGAGGGCACAGCGUGCCCAGCACUGCCUCACAUCAAUGAGGUGAGUCAGAGAUGAGCAAUGAGCUUCAAAUGUCUGCAGCCUUAACUUCCACCCUCCAGAUUGCACUUGAGAUUCCUCUUGUAGCUCAUAGUCACAGGAAAUGUGCAGGACAAAGCCACAAGUGGCCAUCUGCUGUUAUUGGCACCCACACACUUCAUACAUGCCUGAUACUCCAAAACCAUAUUUAAUCACCAGAUAAUGACAGUUUGUAAGGCGUGCUUCUAUUUGACACGCUGCAACUAUUAACUACCAGUAACAUGAAGCCCUUCUUUCUAAGAGGGGAGCCAAUGUUCCCUUUUAGCCCUUGGGGAAUAUUCAUCGUGCUCCUAUCCAGUUCACAUGCCCCACUUUAUUUAUGUAUAGUUUUUACAUUUAUUUUUGAGAGGCAGAGCUAGAGAGAGACAAGGAGAUACAAAGACAAAGGGAGAGAAAGCAAGCUCCCAUCUGGGGGUUUAUUCCCCAAAUUCUCCCAAUGGCUGGGUCUGGGACAAGCUGAAACCAGGAACUGGGAAGUCAGUUCAGGCCUCCAUGUGAAUGGCAGGAAUUCAGCAACUGUGCCUUCACUACUACCUAACAGGGUCUGCAUAAGACUGCUUGACCAUUAGCAAUUUCAUCAAGAUGGACAUCCUCUAAAUGUGUGCAAGGUUUAUUUCCUCUCUUCUAGAGUAGAUGCUACCUCCACUCAGCAGGUUCAAUCUGAACUGAAUUGUGGCUUCAAGAAUUCAUAUAUUGAAGUCCUUAUCCCUAGCGCCACUCAAUGUGACUUUAUGUGGAGAUAAGACCUUUAAAUAGGUGGUGAUUAAGUUAAAAGGAUGUUGUUAGGAUGGGCCCUAAGCAAUACGACUAAUCAUCCUAUAGAAGCAGAAAUUUGGAAGAAAACAGUUGUGAAGACGCAGAGAAAAGGGCCCUUGGAAGGAACUAAGUCUUCAGCACCUUGAUCUUGGACUUCUGUCCAGUAAACUGUGAGAAACAAAUUUCUGUUGGUGAAGUCGCCCAGUCUGUGCUACUUUGUUAUCGCAGCCUACUGAUACAGUCAGCCUGCUUUCAUCAAUGUAAUACCCCGUUGUGAUAUCCAGAGAGGAAAAGCCAUGGAAAUUCUCUUGGGCUAGAUUCUGGAGAGCUGAUGACUCCCUGAAGGAAGAUGGUGAAGGCCUAUCGCAGGCUUUACCAGCUUAAAGCAAAUAUUUGCUUUCUUUUCACUAAAAGAUAUGAAGUUGCAGUCCUAAGUUAAGAACUUAAGUCUGGGGCUGGUAUUUUGCCAGAAAGGGUAAAGCCACCACCUGUGAUUCUGGCAUCCCAUCUGUGUGCCAAUUCGGGUACCGGAUGUUCUACUUCCAAUCCAGCUCUCUGCUAAUGGCCUGGGAAAAGCAGUGGCAGUUGGACCCCUGCCACCCACAUGGGAGACCUGGAUGAAGCUCCUGGCUCCUGGUUCCUGGCUUUGGCCUGGUCCAGCCCUGGCUGUUGAGGCCAUCUAGGUAGUGAAUCAACAGAUGGAAGAUAUCUCUCUGUGUAUCUCCCUCUCUCUGUAACUCCGACUUUCAAAGAAAUAAAUAAACCUUUUAAAAAAAUAAGUCUUUGAGUUCUAACUUUAAUAUCCAUAUGGGAUAAUUUACCUUGAAUGCAUUUACAAGAUCUCUGGAGAAGAGUGUAUUAAUUAUUAUUUACAGCAAACAAGUGUUUCAAGAUUGCCCCAUGCCCAGGUUCUUUUCCCUGGAGAAAUGUGAUGAAAGCCUGACGCCAGGCUGCACUUCCGGAGUUUGUGUUGUGAAAGAAAACAUGCUUAUGUGUCUGCUGUCUAGCUCCCCUCCUGAAAGACAGGAGAAAACCUGAGUUCUCACUCCCAUCCCGAGAAUGUGGCUCCCUCUCUCCAGGGGAAAGAAUAUCCCUAUCUCUGGCUCUGCAACCCAGUCUUGUCUCAGCCAGGUCCCAGCAUCCUCCCGGAGGCAAAUCUCUGAAGGUCUUUAUCAUCACUCACAAAUUUCCUUCCAAGUCUUGCUUUUUGUCCAAGUUCCCAUUGUCAGUAAAACUUGUUCAGAAAUUCCUCUCCGUGCAGAAGCAUAGAGAUCUUUCCUCUAAAUCUCCACAAGGGGUCAGCAAACUUAAUGUAGUCUUCGGGGGACCACAUGUAGACUCUUUCACAUUGUUUUGGUUUGUUUUCAUUCUUGAAAAAUGUAAAAUCCCUUCUUAGUUCAAGACUUCUUAAAAAAUUGCAGUCUGGAUUCAGGCUGCAUACUUGUCUGGCACAGAGAUAAAAAUUAUUCACCUGAUCAAUAGCUACAUACCAGAUACAAGGGAAUGUGUCAGUCAUUUGAUGGAGCAAAGAAAUCACAUCUGGAACAGCAGCUGCAAUCGUAGUUACCACUUGAUUAAAUUUUUAGUAAUCUGCUUUCAUUCUCCAAUGUCCAUCUGUUUCCCACGCAGGAAAAAUAGGCUAGUGGAAUGGAAUCACCACCUCUGCACCUUUCAAGUCCUUGUUGUUUUCAGUAAUCCCUGCAGCCUCUCCAGGAGAAUGGUGUUGCCUUUGGCUUGGUGCUCAGCAACAGAGGCAGUUCCAGCAGCUCUCGAUUUGCUCUCCCUGACAUAACCCUGACUUCAUGGCUGUGUAACCUGGGGAUUCUGCAAGCUGCUGAACACAUUCCCUAAUUACUUCUCUGAUGCUAGGAAAGCAGUCAGAAAGUGUGCCCACUGGGAGAUGGACUCAAGCCAGGGCUCCAUGGAUUAUCUGACCUCUGUAAAUUCCUGCUCUGACCAACGACCACAGGAAGUACUGGUAGUUUGGACAAACUUCUAGGAAUCCUUAUAUCUGAUUAUUUUUCCUUACCCACAAAUCCUUUUUGGGAGGGUCUGUUUUAUAGUCUCCAUUAUUGUUGUUGUUCUUGGGUUAUCACUUCAAUUGUUGCUCCUAUAGAAUUUUCUUCAUAGUGCUUUUUUGGUGAUUUUAAUGUUCUUUACUAUUGGAUUUUAAUGUGUUUUAUAUUGGAUAAUUUCCCCCCUGUUGAAUUUUGUGUACCUGGCUUGUAAAAGUAUUUCUUUAAGGACAUUUUUUAGGUUGAAUUUUUACAAGGAUCCGAGGAGUUCAUGUAUAGAGAAUUGUUUUUAAAUUAAUUUCAAGGCUUAUGAUUCCCAUACUCUGUCAAUAGAUAUUCUUACUUGCAAACAGCUGAAAACGACUCUGUGCAAUUUAAACAAAAAUUAAACUGUUGAUGGAUAUGGGGAUGCUCAUGGAAUUGCAGGAAGAAAUAGCUAACCAGCUUAGGUGUGGCAGUCACAGAGUCCAGUCAAGCUGCACGGUUGGUUCCAUAAAGAAUGCAGACAGCUGCACUCUAAACACUGACACCACUGAUCCUUCACACUGGGGCUGUGGCUCGAUGUCUGACCACUGAUAGCCACUGAAAGUCUGCUGACAUUGCUGCUACUGCAUAUCAGGCCAGAAGGGAUUUCACACUACAUCUGAUUCUCUGACGAGAUCUCCAGUCAAAUGUGGGAGAAACACAUGCAUCUGGGAAAGCUGGGUCAUAUGGUCCCGUGUGUGUACCAGGGCAAGCAUGAGGUGGCCUGAAAGUAGAAUUUUACAUGCUGUAUGGAAAAGGAUCACGCCUUCCCACUCAGACAACCAUGGUCUGUAGAUUCCAGAACAGGGCAAUGGGAUUCACAUCCUGGGCAACCCAAGAAAAUUAGUGUCCAGAACACACACUGUGACAGCUUACACUUUACCAUCUUGUGUGGUUUCAGUUACCACGAGAGAGAUUUUACCUGUCUCCCAGAGUCUGAUAGAAUAUGUAGUUCAGCAUGUAGGUGUUUGUAGGGGGAGGGACACAUGAGUCCUUGGUUCUGGAAAUUGGAUGGAAGUCAUCAGACUUAUCUGGUGAGAGAGUCUAGGCUAAAGGGAUGGCAUUCAGAAUUUGUGUCCUUUCCACUAGCAAUGUAGAAUAAAGAAUUUUAUCUUGGUUUUUAUGUAACAUUCAGCUGUACUCCUUUCUGACUUUUCUGUGGCUUUGGGGGGAUUUUGUCCAAAAUUUAAUAUAGCCCUGGGCUGCAGCCUUCUGACAUUCACAAACUUGGCCAGUGCUGCUGAAAGUCUCUGGACAACAGUGAUUGGCAGGUGGCCUCUGGGGCUGAGCUACUGAGCUGCACCACUUACUAGCUUUGUGAUCCUGUACAAAUUUCCUAAUCUUAUUUGGGGGGGGGGUCCUCAUCAACAUGUAGCUUUAGGAUGCUUCGUCCACAUACAACUAGAACCUACAUCUUUAAAGGUAUAUUAUCUGCAAGAGAUGGGCAUUGUGAGAACAAGUGAAAAGAGGUGGAAUGAGCAUGGCCAUGUUACAUCCUGCAACUCCACCUGGUACUGCUCUGUUGACCAAAAUAUGUUUCUGACAAACCAAGCCUGGAUUGUAGAUGAAGAUGAAUUAAUUUAUAUUUUCAAGAACGGAGCUUGAAUGAUUGGAAAUUCUUAACUUUUAAUCAGACCCUUAGUCAUUUGCAAUUUAAGUUCUACACAUCAAGGAGAGAGAUUUGUAAAAUCAAAGUGAGGUAGACAGUCUCCAUUGUCAAAGGUCCCUUGUAUUUUGAGCUGGGAAGCAAACUACCCUCAUUCUCAUCACUCAGGCACAUCCAUCCUAGGGUUUUAGUGUAAUGUUGUUGACCUAAAUACACAUCCCAGGGCUCAAAGCUUUGUUUCUUUGGAGACAAAUAUAAAAUUUCCAGUGAUAGAUUCAUGGUAGUGAUGAUCACUUUUUUAUUUUUAUAAAUGGUGGACGACUUCCAUCCUUUGAGUACUGUUCUGAAGUAAAAAUUUCAUCUCUGUGUGUGUGCUUUAAAUUUUUCCUUUUUAAAAAUAUUUAUUUAUUUGAAAGAGUUACAGAGAGGGAGAGAGAGAUCUUUCAUCCACUGAUUCACUCCGCAGUGGCCACAACAGUGCUGGGCUAGGCCAAACCCGGAGCCAGCAGCUUCAUCUGGGUCUUCCAUGUGGAUGGCAAGGGCCCAUGCCCUUGGGCCAUCCUCUGCUGCUGUUCACAGGCGAUUAGCAGGAAACUGAAUCAGAAGUGGAGCAGAGGAGUCUUGGUGCCCAUAUGGGUUGCUGGCAUCUCAGGCAGUGACUUUACCUACUAUGCCACAACACCGGCCCCUAUAAUUGUUUUUUAUAUUCCUGUGUAGUUAAUACCUCUUUUGUGCAUUUUGGUGUAUAAGAGUUCAAUCUGAUACAGUGAUUCAAUUCUAGCAUGUAUUAUGUAUCUACCAAGUGAAGAAGUUUAUACAUUUCUUUUGUCCUUUCU